AGGAAAGACCCGUCAUCACACGACUCUAUUGUUGUCUAAGUUUCUAUCACGAUGUGGUUUACGUACUGUAGUAAAAUGUAUUGCUCUCUACAUAAUUAAUUUACGUAUUAUCUCUGACAUCAAAAGCAUAUGUAUUGUGUGAUAUUGGUUUAACACGUUAAUUAAUCGCGAUACAGUUUACAUUUUAAUCAAAAUGGUACUUCUCGACAAAAGCAAAUUUUUGGAAGAGCUAAAUAUUUUAUUUAAUACAUCACAGGCAUGUGGAUCGGUGAGAAUAACAAUGAAACUAUUACUUUUAAAUAAAGAGCCGAAAAAUUCGAAACAAAAAAUUGAAGUACCAAAAGAAAAAAUAUGUUUGAUCAGGGCUUCAUUCAAAAACAAAAAAUUAAGUACUAGAAUAUCUGCCAAUGAAGUAACUUCAUUUCAACAAGAAUACUGCACAUUGUUGAGAAAUUCAUUAAGUAGUUUGAAAAAGACUAAAAAGUUAAAGAAAAAAGUUAUGUCUUAAUAAAGUGAAACAAAAGCUUGUGAUAUUAAAACCUUUUUCUUAAAUAUAAUAUUGUAUUUUAUUGUAUUACUUAA